GAAGUCCUGAAUUACCAUUUUCUUACACCACGAAGAUCAGACAUGGCGGCGACGGAUGUUGCAAUACAAGUGGCCAUUCUCUUAUUAGCCUUUGCCAUGUUUAUAGCCAUCCAAUAUUUUCCCAAACAAGCCCUAAACAAACUCCGGGCUAAAAACCGAACCUCCAUUCAAUCCAAUCGCCAUUUCAUUCAAGGAACUCACUUCCUAGCCCGCGCCAAAUCCACACCAAACAAAUCCCAAUCGCAAACCCUAGCCAAAAACGCACUCAUCGAAGCCGAAACGGCAAUCUCUCUAUCUCCUAGAGACGCCGCUCCUCUGAUUCUCAAAGCACUAGCUCUCGAUCUGCUUGGCCACAAAGCAUCUGCCUUGAAAGCACUUGAUUCGGCACUUUCUUCGCCGCGGGAGAAAUCGCUUGAACGUAGAGAUCGUGGAGAUGCGCUUGUGAAAAGAGCUGAGUUGAAAAUGGCUGUCAAUCGGAGAAGGCGAGUUGACUCGGCUAUUGAGGAUUUAAAAUGUGCUGUCGAGCUGAGUCGCGAAGGUGAGAAAGCAUUUUGUUUGUUGGGUCAGUGCUAUGAGUGGAAAGGGAUGGGAGAUGAGGCUAAAUGGGCUUUUGAAGAGGCCUUGAGGGUUCAACCCGGGUCCGCUGGGGCUCGUGAUGGCUUGGUCCGGUUGGGCUCGUAAUGGCACUAGAAAUGUACCAACACGGUCCUCGUGUUUGAUGUGAACUUUGUUUAUAUAUUUAUGUAAUUCUAUUGCUAAAGUUUUCAAGAUUUGAAAGAUUAGAAUUUUAUACUA